AUGGGUCAAAACGCCACCCCACUGAAUCCUGGCGUCGUGCUUGGCCAUACCGCUACCCAGGGGAAAUGGCCUAGGGAUCCCGAACAACUUGCUGUCAACGGCUUUGACAGCGGCGUAUUCAUCAAUGAACUGGCGAAUAUUCAGCUUUUGCCGGGGAGACUCGAAUCCUUGAGUGACGGCGACAGGGAGGCUUUCCAGCAAAAUCCUGAGAAUCUACAUUGGAAGGCCUAUGAGCAAGGGCCGUCUCUGAUUGAGGAAGGGACAUAUCGAGGGACUCGAUUGGCGCUUACCAAAAUCUACGAUCUUAUAGAGCAGCGCUUUGCAUCUUUCAUGGACGCAGCCAAUUUUGAACCAUUGGUUCCAUCCCCUCUGACCAGAGAUGAGAAAAGAAAGUUCUUCGCUUUCACAGAUGGCUCAGACGGUUACCCACCCCAUCUCAACCUUGCUGGAAAUGUGACAGCAGCAGAGAAGGAGAAAGGCGAGGCUCAGAAAUCAACACUCCAACCAUCUGAAAUUUUUAACAAGAUGCGCCUGCUUCAGUUAAGCACACUGUUACCCAGCGUUGUGCCUAAUAAAUACAAAAGGGCAGCUGCUCAGGGAGCCUCAUGGGCUUGGUUUGGAUCUAUGGGUACACCAGAUGCAGGGGAAAAGCUCGAAGAUGUGGAAAACUACAACAAGAAAGCUCGCGGGCGGUCGCAUCGUGAGGAUAUUUUCGAUCUCCCUAACGUGGGCGAUUUGGAAGAUUGGUACAGUGAUGCCCGGUUUUCCCAGCAGCACUUUACAGGGACAAAUCCUACAACGAUUGAACGGGCUUCAGAUAGUUGGAUAAAUCACUUUAUCAAAGCUGCGAAAACACCAGAGGAUGCAGCGGUGUCCUUCACCAUCACUGAUCUCAAUAAUAGCUGCAAAGAGUCUUUGUAUAUGCAAGAUUACAGCUACUUUCGCGAGGCUGCUGGGCUGGAUCCAACUGCCGUCAUCAGGUGUGAGUUUGACGACCCAAAUGAGAAGGAUAAGAGCAAGAAGAGUUAUCGCUAUGGUUGCGCAUCGGUCUGUCUCUUUUAUCUCAAUGAUAAAGGUCAGCUUUACCCGCUAGCUAUUGUCAUCGACUGGCGGGGCAGUGCUGAGAGAUCUGUGACAAUCUAUAACCGGGAACUGAUCAAGCGGAAGAACAUCCGGUCAGGAAGCGAAAAUCAUGACCAAAAGCAGAAGGUAACCGAUGAGGCCCAUGACUGGCCUUGGAGAUAUGCCAAGACCUGCGUGCAAUGUAGCGACUGGCUUCGACAUGAAGUUACCGUUCACCUUACAAAUACCCAUCUAAUUGAAGAGGCCACCAUUGUCGCCUCUAACCGACAACUUGACCCGGACCACCCUGUGAUGAGGUUACUCUAUCCGCACUGGCAGAAGACCCUGGCACUCAAUGCGGCUGCCCGAAACACUCUUGUUCCCCAUGUUAUUGUCGAGUUGAUCGGCUUUCAAGCAAAGGAGGCAUAUACGUUUAUCCGACACGCGUAUACGGAGUUUGACUUUAAGAAACGUUACGUACCAACAGAUCUCAGUGAACGUGGAUUCCCUCCGGAGCAACUCGACCAUCCAAAGUUUCACAACUACGCCUAUGCUAGAUGUAUCCAUAGCAUGUGGUAUAAGAUCAGGAGCUACGUGGAAGAGAUGCUCGCUCUAGACUACCCACAGCCCAGUGCUGAUGAAAAAGUCCUGCAUGACGAACGUAUCCAGGCCUGGUCUGCAGAGAUGCGAAGUUCCGAUGGCGGAAAUUUGCCGAAAUUUCCGACUAUCAGCACGUUCACGGAGCUGGUCGACUGUGUGACUAUGUGUAUUCACAUUGCUUCCCCCCAACACACGGCUGUCAAUUAUUUGCAAAACUACUACCAGUCAUUCGUGGUCAACAAACCUCCCUGUCUCUACACUGAGCUCCCAGACUCUCUGGAGAGCCUACUUGGCUACACCGAAAAAGAGCUUGUCCAGGCGCUUCCUAUGAAUCACACUCGGGAAUGGCUUCUUGCUUCACAUACACCCUAUCUGCUCAGCUUCAAACCGGGAAACAAAGAGAGCCUGAUUAUCUAUGCUGCUUCAAAGUUUAGAGUGUAUCACAACAAGACAUCGGAGAAGGAUCAGGCCAUUGCAAAAGCGACCGGAAGGUUCUACACAGCGCUCGCUGACAGCGAAGAAGAAUUCAAAGGUUAUGGGCAAGCGACGGAUGAUUGGGACUCCAUACCGUAUGAGGUUUUGAGCCCAGAGUGGAAUGCAGUGUCCAUUUUGAUUUAA